GUUGGAAGAUACGGUUUUACUUUUACCUUAAAAAAAAAGCAUAGCGUGUGUGCAAAGCUCACCAUUUCUAAAUCAUCAUUUUUUUUCUUUACAUUAACCUUACCACCACCAACAUAGAAAACAUAGAUAUACGUUCCUAAGCCCCUACAUACCUGUCCCUUUGGCCUCAAGACUCAGAAAAGGUAUCAAGGGUGCUCAUAAAUGGAACGGGGGAAGAAUAAGAGAGCAAGAGAAGAUGAUGAAGUUGAGAUUGGGUCUUCUUUUGAGAAUUAUAACAACAAUAUUGCAAAGAAGAGAAAUGUAUAUGGCAUAAGCUUCAAGAAGGAGAAGAAUAAUGAAGUGGAAGAGAAAGAUUGUUUCAAGGCAUGGGAUUAUUCCCAUUUGACAAUGGGAGUGUUUGAUUUCCCUUGGCUGAAAGAUGGUGUCAUAUCCAAAUCAUAUGAAUGCUUGGAUUUUGAAGACAAUUUCUUGUCAUCUCUAGAACGCCAAGACACUUUCUUCAAAGCUUCUUCUGGCAUUGAUUUCUCUGAGGAGUAUGGUUUGUGUGAAAUUCCAGAGGCAUCAAUGGCUCAUAUUCAAGAAGCCAAGUUGGUUGAGGAUAUGUGGAAGCCAUUUGAGAGUAAUGGGUUGGAGCUGGAGCCAGAAGGUGGAGAUUGUAUUUGGAGCUUUUUACUCAAUAAACCUCUUUGAUAGAAUUUGGAUUCUUGUAUUCAUAAUUCAAAAAGUUUUUGUAAUUAUCCCGAAGAAUUGAAAUAAAAUUAUGGUAGAACUA